AUGGCAGCAAUGGAUGACACUUCCUUUUCCUCUUCGCCCGAUACCUUCUCACCAAAAUCGACUCCUCCAUCAUCACCAGACAUCAGUCAUGGCACUCCUACCAGGAAGCCAGACAUUCUCUUCGGAACAUCAGUCUCCCUAGUUCCGUCUCUCUAUCAUCCCCACCGUCUGAAACUUGAAGAUACGCCUGAUUCCAGUGAUUUGUGCGCUGGCUCAACGGAUAGCGUAGGGUUUAUUACUGCGCCCUCAAGCCCUUCGAGUGAUGACUGUUCAAAACUACGUGGUCAGAAGCAUGGAUUCGAUUAUACGGAAACCAGACAUCCCAUUCACGCAUUGCGUAAUAUAGCCCGACGCUCCAUCAGUCUGGGGCAGGUCACUUUAGAUCCCAGCCGCAUGGGAGCAGCACAACAUGGAAAGCCGAGAUCCUGGAGCCUGAGUGAACUAGGGUCAGGGCACCAGGAACGUUUCAUGGACUUUGAGCUCGGCGAUAGCUCGUCCUCAACCAGAUAUACGCCAGAUACUGAGCCCUCCCUCUCAUGCCUUUCACCAAAUGAGACUGAUGAUACAAGAGAUCGUCCUUCCUCAGACUUGCACUGCGUCGAAGCUAAGAACACAGAAAGCCUCCCGUUCGAGUUCGAUACUUCGGCGGUGUCUUUCGAGACACCAUCUAGGAAGGAUGAAGCAGAACUAAGGCUGUUGGACGCACAUGGCAAAGAUGGACCGAGACGACAUACUCUCGGUUUUAAUCCCAGGCGACUGAUGAAUUCCCCUCGGGGAAGACCUCCUACUCGUGUUCGCAAUAGUAUCCCACUAAUUAUUUCAGAUACCCCUGGGGUACACGACGUCAAAGACACCGGAUUCAAUCACGCCGGUGCCACUCAACUAGAGAUCAAUUCGUUCCAGUCAAGAUCGAGCCAUACUGUUCGAUAUCAGUUGAAUACGAGGCCUGAGAUAAAUUUUCUAUUAGCUAAUGAGCCACACCACGCGACUGCACAACUUCGUGACGCGUCGGAAAAACGCAUCCGGCAAUUCAGAUAUACUGAGAAGUCUCUCGCGUUCAUCCUUCCCCGCGAGACAGGACAGUUAUUUCGUGACAACAUGUCAAAAUGCGCAGCGUUCAAACGAACACGGGACAACGGGAGAUGCAGCAGAAACCACAAAGGAGGACCUCAUGAGGUCUCUAUGCAGCUUCGCCGGUUCGUCAGUACCGAUAUCGGUAAUGCAAGCUUAUGCAUCAACGAUUUGGUGAACUCAAUCCUGUGCUCCCAGCACGCGAGUCUCGCAGGUAAAGACUGGGGGUGCUGGAGGAGCAUCCUCCCGGAGCUAAAACCUGCCCCAGACAACGUCGAGGAUCCCCGUCUUCCUCUAUUUUACGUCUGGAUUCAGGAGCUCCAAGACGGUGUCAAAUCCUUAGGUCCAUUUGCAAGACCUGAGAUCAAGGCUGAGGAUGGCCAAGCUGAUACCCCUGUCAAUCCAAAAGCCACGAUCCAGAAACUGGUACCUUAUUGCCCAUCAGCACAAGAGGGGAGGGCAAUUGAGCAGAUUCUCCGUAAAAUUUGCACUUCUACUUCAUCAAAGACGCUAGACCAGAAUGCUGGCUUCAUUUAUAUCUACUGGUCUCCAGAGGGCUUUGGUCGCAUGAAGAUAGGAUAUACAAAGGAUAUCAACAAGCGAUUGAAGGAAUGGGAGAGAACGUGUAAAAGAAAGCUCUAUCUUCAUUUUCCGAAAGAGGCCGAGAAAGGACGUCCAUUACAACACGUCACCCGCGUGGAAAAAUUGAUCCAUGCUGAACUGAGAGAUUAUCGCCGAAAGGAACCCAGAUGCUUGGAAUGCAACAGGGGACACGUUGAGUGGUUUGAGGGGCUGAGCGUGAGUUUAGCGGUAGAAAUUGCAAGGAAAUGGAUAGAUUGGAUGCAGUUGAAGCCUUAUGUACUGCGAGACUGUAAUGGAAAGGCUGAAUGGACGUUAAGUGAUGAAGCUUUGGAGUCACUUGGGGAUGUGUGCAAGCCUCACGAUAUGCUCAGAAGUGAGUUUUGUUCAACGAAGAGUUGA